CGCUUGACAAUAACUACUAUAAUUUAUGCGACAUUUCAACAGUCUAACCUCUAUGAUAUAGGAUCUACGUAGGAUCUUUCGAAUUCCAAAGGAAAAAUAAAAGGGUGUACAAACUGUCAAAAACAUGACAACAACAAAUUAUUUGGAUUUAGACAUUAAUAAGUUAUUCCAGGAGCAUACCAUUAAAGAGAUCGAAGAGAUUCAGAAAAAAAUUCAAUUGGAAAGUGAUAGAAAGAAGAUAGAAUUACGAACGUUAGUCGGAGAAAGAUAUCGGGACCUAAUAUUGGCUGCUGACACAAUUGGAAAAAUGAAGAUAACAUCCGAACAAGUUACCGCAAGAAUCGCUAAUAUAGAGGAUAAUUUUAGAGAACUGCAAAAAAAAUAUUUAAUCGGUUUUAAAACAGAACCAAUUGGAGAUAAACUAGACAGAAGAGGGCAUGUCUCCGAUUCCAUUAUUAUCCAAAUCAAAAUUCUAAUGGACAUUCCACAGUAUAUUUGGACGAGUAUCGAAGAUCAAGAUUUGCUACUUGCUACACAAUUAUACAUAAUAGCACAACAUAUUAAUUAUAGUUUAAUAUUUGAAGUAGGGAAUACAGAACUGGCACAUAAAUACCCUAUUGUUUCGAAGCAGUGGGAUGUUAUUACUCAAUUCAAGAACAUUAUAUCUAAUGAAUGUAACAACAGAUUACAGUCAUUAGAUGUUUCAACCAUUAAUGCUGCAAAUUGCUUAGCGUCUCUUGUGUUCUUAAAUGAAUCUUCGUUUGUGGAUCUUUUAGAAAAAUUAAUAUCCACAAGAAAUCGUGCAAUUGAAUCUAUCAUUAAAGAAGAGAGUCAUGAUAGUGUCAAGAACAAGUUGAAGUUAUGUAUGAGGAUACUUAUACAAACUGUUCACUUAAUAUAUUCAUGUUUUAUACAUGCAGAUAAUGCGCCGAGCGGUUUAGUCUUACAAUUUAUAACGGACAUAAAAGAUAAAGAAGCAUAUUACUUGUUAUCACAACUUGAUUUAAAUCAAGAUUUACUUGAGGAAUUUCUACCAUCCGUUACCAAAAAUCAUAAACCAUUUGUUCAGGAUGUACCAAACAACUUUCCUUUAUCAAUUCUUCAAGACAGUGUUAAGUCUUGGUUGGAAUGGGUCAAUGAAUUUUCUAAUUUUGAAGUCACCAAAUUAUUAGAUUUAAUAGUUUCUAUCAAAGGCCUAUAUAAUGUCCGGGAAGAGGCUAUCAAUGUGAAUCUACCUGAAAAUUGGAAUUCCAUAUGGGAAGAGCUCUCUUUACCCAGAAUAAGUUUUUGGAUGGAAUUCUUCCAGCCUAUCAUAACUAAACGAGCAAAAUGUAUUAUAAUGGAUAAAUGGGCAGAUGCGCUAGCUGAUUUAAAAUCCGGUAUAAUAGAAUUACUCGAAAAAGUAGCGUAUGACAAAUUUGAAUUUCCAGAACAUGAUUUAAGAUGGUUUGUGUGGAAAGAUUCCCCCAAUGACAUUCCACAAAAGCUUACAAAAAAUGGAGGAUUAGAUAACAAGAGAUCCUUGCUGAUGAAAGCUAAAGGAUAUUCCCCAAAUGUAAUCAAAUUAUGCGAAAGAUUGGAUGAAAAGCUGUACACAUUAUUGUCUGAUCUCGAGCAUUAUUUAUAUGAGACUGAACGAAUAAUAACGCUUAAAGAUAGUUUACUUUCGGCGAACAUAUCUUUAAUUGCAAAUUCAUUUUGUGAUCGUAAUGAAGUCCAAGAACAUUUACAAGUAAUCAGCACCGAAAAUAUUGAAAGUCUUGUACAGUUUAUAAAGAACACGUGUGUUAAUGAAAAACCCGAACAUGGUCAACGCGAUAUAAACGCUAUUGUAUUGGCAAGAUUUCUCUUUGCGUUAACUACUUUAUGUCCAAAUUUAAACAAGUGUUUUACAUCAUCAAAAGCAUCUGGGCUUACUAUCACUAACGUUAAAUGGCAAACUAUUUGUGAAAAUCUGAAGGAAGAAAGUACUUGCAUAUGGUCCAUUUGGGCUGACAUAUAUAAAACUAAAAUACCCGAAUAUAUGAAAAAAUAUAUAUUAAAAGAGCCAAUCGAUGGGUUGCGCGUUCAUUGGAUUGUAUCAGAGUGGGAAAAAGUCACUAUUGAGGAAGAAUCUGGGGAAGGAAAGCAAAUAAAAUCUGAAAUUUUGGUACCGUAUCAACCAUCGAUACCUUUGCAAAAAUUCUUAACAGUUAUCUGCAAAGAUUUAAAUAAGAUUAUACCUCAUACACUUCCAAAGAAGGUACUGCAGCAAAUUAUAGAAAGAAUAAUUACAGAAUUGUUUAAUUAUUAUCUUAACUCAUUGCAAGAUAUAGACCUCAGGCAGAAACAAGCAUUUCAAAUAUUAUAUGAUAUAAAAUAUUGUACAUUGCUUAUGGUGCCACGUGAAAACAAAAUUCUCAAUGAAUUAUCAAACAAAACUUGCGAUGCAGUGCUUACAAAGAUAGAUCCAUUCGACUAUGAUGUUUUCAAUCCAUUUAUUCACAUUAAUAUCAGAAAAUCCGUUCAAAGAUCUUUGUUGAUAUUUGGCAAUUUGGUAUCUCAUUUAGAGCAAUUACAUUCGACUUUGGGUGCACGCAAUGAACAUGCAAGUAUUGAUGGAGGGAAAAACGAACCACCUGCAAUACUUGCAGUGUGUACGGGAGCACCAUGGUUCCCACCACUAACAGUAACUGCUCCUACAAGGAAUUUGCCAGUUAUAUCAGUAAUGAUUCCAGAUAAAGCACAGCGCAAGAAAGUAACGACAAAAGAGAACACAAGAAAUGAUUCGACCAGUGCAACGAUAAAAUCCGGCGCGGCCGCGUUUUUCGGUGCAAUGGGCUCAGAUUGGUUCGGGAGUAGUAGUUAACUAAUUUGUUAACAAACUCUCUUCGCACAUUUUAUAAAGAAUGUAAAUAUCAAACAUUGUGUAAAUAAUAUGUCAAUAGAAGAUAUCUCUUUUUACUACAUUGUAUCUAUUUUAUACCAGUUAAAUAAAUUAACGAAUCUGUAAAUAUAUGCAUUACAAA